UUUUCUUAAAAAAUGGCAGCCCUAAUGUCGUAAGCUUUUCUUUUCCUUUUUUCUAUGAGAAAAGUUAUAAAUACAGAUUUGUGGACGAAUUAUAAUGCCAUUGCAAGAGAAUCGGACGACGAAAAUAAUUUUGAAACGAAUUAAUUAACUAGUAAAUGUUGGAAUGACUAUGACCUUCGCAUUUUUAGUGGCGUAGACUCGUGCAAAUGAUAAACGGACCGAACGAGAACGAGACCAGCAGCUCCAGCGUGACCAGCGGCCCCAGAGACACCAUGAGCGCCGGCACGGCGUCACUGGAGCGCGAGCUGAGUCGCACGCGACGCUUGCUGUGGGGCGAACACGUAAAGGAGGAUGUGUUCCGGCGCUGGGCGCAGGGCUUCGCGUUCAGCGCUGACGAGCCCAGCGCGCUCAUCCAGCAGGAGGGAGGGCCGUGCGCUGCCAUCGCGCCUGUGCAGGGCUUCCUACUCAAGAUCUUGCUGUCCGAGACUCCCGGCCACAGCCUGCGAGACUUGACGUCGGAAAAGUGCAAUUCCUUGCUAGUUAGGGCCGUGUGUACGAUUCUUAGUCAGUGCCUCGCAGCAAAGUACAAUGUCGCCGUUUACCGCAAGAACGACUCUGAGGCCGACACAAGUUCCGGCCUCAAUGUUAGUGCUGAAGAACAGUCUUGUGAUGCCAUUGACCACUUUCACAGGAGAAUGGAAGUGCAUUCCUUUCAGACAUUAUCAGAAGUGGAAGCGUUCUACACAAGAAACAUUAGAAUUUUGAAAGACAAGUAUGGUGUUCUGUUAUUGUUGUAUAGUGUCAUUCUUAGCAAGGGUGUAGGCACAGUGGAGACGGAGCUAUCUGAACUGUCUGAUCCUCUAAUACAUUCAACCUAUGGCUACGGCUCUCAGGGGCUCAUCAACCUGAUGCUGACGGGCCGGGCUGUGGCGCAUGUGUGGGAUCACGACCAGGUUGUCGGAGGGUUGAGACUGAGAGGAAUAGAAAGACAGAAUGACAUAGGAUUUUUAACAAUUAUGGAGCACAUGCAGUACUGUACUGUGGGUUCAUUUUAUAAAAAUCCCAAACACCCUGUUUGGGUUUUAGCAUCUGAGACGCACCUGACUGUGCUGUUUUCUUCUGAAAGAAGACUAGCAGCUCCUGAAACUGCAGGUGAAUCUGCAGAGCGUAUCUUUAGAUCUUUUGACCCAGAAGGCAAUAACUUUAUUCCAUCUGCAGCUUUACAAGAUGUAUUAUGUGCAGCAGAUCUGGUGAGUGAACCUGAGUAUGUGGAAUUGAUGAGACGAAAACUGGAUUCUGAGAAUUUAGGAAUAAUUUUAUUGAGUGCUUUUAUGGACGAAUUUUUUCCUGGUUGUGAAAGGGGAGCCCCUGAUACGUUUACUCUGCAUCACUAUAAUGGUCUGUCACGCAGCAAUCCAAGUGCAUGUGUAGCAUACCGAACAGGACGUGCUGCCUUGCUCGAGUGCCCCAUGCAUGCGGCCAGCACAGACCCCAUGCUGACUUGUUUGCAGACCAAGUGGCCCAGUAUUGAUGUGGUUUGGGACGAAGGUCAGUCUCCCUCUCUUAACUAGCACAAGCUGUGCUUUGCGCUCGGAACUUGUACUGUGACAUGGUGAAGAGAGUUUACAUAAAAUGUAUCUUAUAGUAUGUUGCAGAAGAUUCCAUUAUUUUAUUGUAUUAAUUUAUGUAUAGAAAUUGUAUUAAAUUGGAGGCCUCCAUUGAUAAUGAUGUUAUUAUCAUGGGCAGCUAUUUUUCAUAAAUUUGAUUACACUUUUGUUACUCAAGUUGUUGAUGAUUGUACUUGAUGAUUUCUGUUAAAUUUAUGGUAUAGUUGCACAUGUACAAGACUAAUUCUGAUGGUUGUUUGUACUAUAUUUGUCUGUACAGAAACAAAAAUGGCUGGCACUCGCUGACUUGAGUGAGCUAUAAAUUAAAGUAUAUAUUUUAAACUAAAACUAAUCUUCCUGACAAUUUUUAUCGCUUAAAAUGGGUAGAAAAAUGUAAUAUAUUAUUGGUCUUGGUUUUGUGACAAAAUAUGUUUAUUUCAUCUUUUUUAAUGUUUAGUUUCAAUAUUUCUUUCAGAUCUGUGAAAUAGAUCAUGAAGAUAGAGCUUGUGUCUUCUAGGAAUCAUUAUCCAAUAUUAGUCCUCACCAGUUUUAUAUAACUGCUGUCAUUUUACUGGUUCUUUAUUAUAAUAUAACAUAAACUGAACUGAACCUGAAAGCAAUGCUAAGGUUAAUUUACUAUAAUAACACUACACUUGACUUAGUAGUAGAACAUAAAGAGGUUGUCAGCAUUGUUGUUUCCCAUUGGAACAUUGGAACAUACGGUGCACAGCUGUUGACACAUGCCUGUAGGCAGGACUAGCUUCCAGCACCUCCACUUUCUGUUGCACAAAACCAUGUAUUUUAGCUGAUUCACAUUAUUUCAGUUGCUCCAUAUUGAAAACAAUGUCUAUUACUUAUCUAAAUUAUCAUUACUUGUCUAAAUUAUUCUAAUAGACUGCCAUUCAGCUGAACAUUAGAAUGUUGGAUUGGGAACAUAGAUAUUUCUAGCAUGUGAUACGAAAUAGACUGAAACAAUUUGAAUCGGCCUUUACCCCACUAACUACUGAAUGCCAGCUGUGUUACAUUGUUUGAUAAUGAAUUAAUUCAUUUUACUAAUAAGAGAGAGGUACAUAAUAUUAUGUUUCUUUGAAUAUUUUGUGGAGAGGUAAUCAUCUAUCUGUUAUAUUUUAUAGGAAUUUAUUUUUAUAUAACUACUGUGUAGCUCAUUUAAUACUAAUGUGUAUGUAUAGAAAUUAUUUAGGUAUAAAAAUUUCAUGUGGCCAUUUUAUAAAAUCCUACCUUUUAGUACUAAAUGCAUGUAUAUGUGUGGCCUCAAAUCUCCUUUUUCUAGUUGUACAUUCUGUAUGAUUUUUAUUAGGGUCACUACAUGUACAUGUUAAAACCAAGAGCUACUAAGGGUUGUAUGAGAUUUUGAUUUGUUUUUUAAUAUAUAAUUUGCUUAUAAUGCCACUGCAGGAACAAUAUGUUCUUACAGAAGUUCAAAAGCAGAAAGGUUUGACUCCCAGAUAAUAAUAUUACUAAAAUUAUUAAAAAGCAAAUAAAUGUGUUAAAAUUACUUUGUGCCUUAGUGCUUCGUAAUAAAAUCGAACUUUGUUGUAUUGUAGUAUGGUCAUAAAAUGUGAAGUCCUUUAGACUAAAUUCAUUCUUUGUCAGAUUCAUGUAAAAUAGCUGAGCACAUACAUUUCAUGUAAUAACAAAGGUUAUAUUGAAUAAUGAUUUUCCGUUAAUCUUAAAUAAUAAUAGUGAAACAUGCUUUUUUUAAUUACA